GGCCGGUGGGUUCGCUGGGAGCAGCCCCAGCUCCAUGCUGCUACCGGCCUGGGAAACGCGCAUCUACGGGCUCCUCACCGUGGGCUCGCACCUUUACGCGUUCUACGAGGCGCACCGAGUGUCCCGAAAGUAUGAAGCUGCGAUGGACACAGAGUUUGGGCUGGAACCAGGGACUCUCUUUCGGGGCCUCAAAAAGGACCCCAUGGACUUUGAAUGGAGCUACUGGAUCGAAUGGGGAAGGGAACGUAUACUGUGGCUUCUGGCUGGUCACCUCCUGGUAUCACAAGUGUCCAGGCUCUUGGUGGAGAAGUAUAAACCAUGGUGCUUGAUGGUUUAUGGAAUGGCUGCCUGCUGGUUGCUGCUGGGAAUCAAGGGCUUUGCUGUCAUCUUGUUACAUGCAACGAUUUCUUUUGCUGUGGCUCAGUUUCAGCUGUCGGUCCUGACGUGGUUGUGCUCCCUUACCCUGCUAUCCACCUUACGCAUACCAGUUGUGGAAGAAGCCAAGAGGAAGUGGUAUGACACUGAGAACGAGUAUUACCUGCUGCUCUUCACCCUCUCUGUCCGCUGCCUCUUCUGCACUAGCUUCAGCCUGGAGUACUGCUGGCAUGGACCUGCCCAGAAGCCAUCCCACUCGUUCCUCUGGAUGCUGGCAUAUGUCUUCUAUUACCCCACCUUCCACAACGGGCCCCUCAUGAAUUUUGAUGAAUUCAGUAAGCAGAUGAGGAGCCAAGAAGCCUUCAGUUUGAAGACCAAUCUUAGGAUCCUCAUGAUGGGCAUAAUGCGUAUUUUCUUUUGGUGGUGCCUGGCUGAGCUGAUGAUUCACCUCAUGUAUAUCCACGCUCUCUACAACAGUGCUCCUCCUUUGGAAGCUGCAUCAUACUGGGCCUUGGGUGGCCUGGCUUUAGCUCAAGUGCUGUUUUUUUACGUGAAGUACCUGGUUCUGUACGGUGUUCCUGCCCUCCUCCUUCAAAUGGAUGGACUCAAACCCCCAGCUCUGCCUCGCUGUGUGAGCCUGAUGCACAGUUUCACUACAAUGUGGAGGAGCUUUGACGUUGGGCUCCAUCGCUUUCUGGUCAGGUACAUUUAUGUUCCAAUGGGAGGAUCUCAGUCCAGUCUGCUGGGAACACUCUUCUCCACUGCCCUCACUUUUGCCUUUGUGAGCUAUUGGCACGGAGGGCAGAGCUACCUGUGGUACUGGGGAGCACUGAACUGGCUUGGAGUAAUCAUGGAAAGUGGCAUCAGGAAGAUACUUUCUACUUCACCUGUUCAAGAUUUAAUUGAGCGUUCCUUCUCGCCAAGCAUUCGCCGUCGACUUCACGCUGUCCUCGCAUCUGUUAGCACUUCAAUGCUGAUUUUAUCAAAUCUAAUAUUUCUUGGAGGAAAUCACGUUGGAAAAAUCUACUGGAACAGGAUCUUUAUGGAAGGCUGGCCAUGGGCGACACUGACUGUCCUCGGGUUCCUGUACUGCUACUCUCACGUCGGAAUUGAAUGGGAGCAAACGCACGCUGUGAGUUAGGAAUGACACACACCAGGGAUUCUUAAGGCAGGCUGAUGUCUUUCCUGCACUGCAGAAGGAUGUGCCAGGCCAAGUCUUUGGUCAGUGUGUUAAACACAAAGGCUCAUUUAAUUGAGGUGUCCCUGCCUAUGGCAGGGGGGUUGGAACUAGAUGAUCUUGAGGUCCUUUCCAAUCCUAACUAUUCUGUGAUUCUAUGAUUCUGGAUUGUGAAUGCAGGAAUUGAACCAGAAACACUGAUGAGCUGUAGCCAGGCUGGGGACAGAUUAUGAAGCAUUUUGAAUGAUUUUGAUAAGAAAACAUCUUUGUGACCCUGUCCAUUGGCAGCAGCAGCAGCUCCCAAUGGGGAUUUUACAUAUGCUGAAGAUGGGUUUUAUUUCUGCCAGUGUUUUGCUGCUUAUUGUAAGAUAGUGAAGAAAAGCUUUCCCCUGCCUUGCAGCAUUCAAAAAGCUUAAUCUCCCAGAGCCUCUGUUCAGGGGCACACAGGGCUGUGCCCUGCACUUACGCUGCUCCCCAAAGGCCAUGAUGCUCAUCAGUUUUUCUUGAUUGCUUUCUGAUAUAAGCUAGAACAUUUGUCAUUAUCACUGACUGCAGCACUUCAGCCUUAAACUACUUUUGUAGCUACUGUAGCAAAGUCUGCUUUUUGUCUUUAAUGUCUUCAUGUAAAGUGUCACCUUAAAACAACCUCCUUUUUUCGGUGGUCCUAGGGAUGGUUUCUUUCAAAAGAGGGGGUUUGAAGACCUUUAGACUUCC